UUGAAGUACUUUCGCUUUCAUAGCGCUGAGGACAGUGUAACAGAUUCCACUAUCAAUAUCUAGCCCAUAGAACUUCUAGUUACGUAUACGUACAAAUACUAAAACAUAGCUCAACAUAUUGAAAAAUUUUCGCCAAGUUGUCGUCGUCAUUUCGCGCUUAUCAGCUCGAAAACGACACUUGCAAGUGUCAAACUGCUGAUUACGCCCUAAGUUCGAUGCGCACACUUUAUUAUCGGGGAAGUAGCUUAGCUCGUACAUAUACAAUAUAGUUGAUAUCAAAACCUUAAAAUAGUAGAUUAUCAAAUUGACUGUGGUAUAAAAUAGAUUGAAUUUUGGCUGCAGGAUUCAUUCGUUACGUUCUAGUGACACAGGUGAUUUGUGAAAGAGUUUAGAUUUUUGAAUUUGAAAUAAAGACUGGCGCAAUGAAAUUGAGCGCAAUUGUUGUUGUUUUGAUAGUGGCGAUUGUUAGCCAAAGUGAAUGCUUAGAAAAUGGCUUAGCAAGGACACCACCAAUGGGAUGGAUGCAUUGGGAAAGAUUCAGAUGCAUUACAGAUUGUAAGGCAUUCCCUGACGAGUGUAUCAGUGAGGACCUUUUCAAACGUACUGCCGAUAUGUUGGUCUCAGAAGGUUACGCAAAAGCUGGUUAUGACUAUGUCAUCAUUGAUGAUUGCUGGCUAGAGAAAGAAAGAGAUAACAAAACUCAAAAACUAGUCGAAGAUCGCGAACGGUUUCCAAGUGGUCUUAAGGCAUUAGCUGAUUAUAUUCAUAAAUUAGGUUUGAAAUUCGGUCUUUACCAAGAUUACGGAACUAAUACCUGUGCUGGAUAUCCCGGUGUUAUUGAUCACAUGGAACUCGAUGCUCAGACAUUUGCCGAUUGGGAUGUUGAUUAUGUUAAACUUGAUGGUUGUUAUGCUGAUAUCAAUGACAUGGACAAGGGAUAUCCUGCAUUUGGUAAUUAUUUAAACAAAACUGGAAGACCAAUGGUUUACUCAUGCAGUUGGCCUGUUUACCAAGAAUAUGAAGGAAAAUUGCCCAACUACACAGCUUUGAAGGAACAUUGCAACUUAUGGAGAAAUUGGGGUGAUAUCGAUGAUUCUUAUGAAUCAGUUGCGCAAAUCAUGGACUAUUUCUCAAAGAACCAAGAUAGAAUUCAACCACAUGGUGGUCCAGGACACUGGAAUGAUCCGGACAUGCUUAUCCUUGGAAACUAUGGUUUGAGCUACGAACAAAGUAAAACUCAAAUGGCUGUUUGGGCAAUUCUUGCAGCUCCCUUGAUUAUGUCCAACGAUCUCAAAGCAGUUCAACCUGAAAUUAGAGACAUUCUCAUCAAUCGGGAAAUCAUUGCAGUAAAUCAAGAUCCAUUAGGAAUUCAGGGUCGUCGUAUCUUAUUGAAAAAUAAUAUUGAGGUAUGGGCAAGACCUAUCACCCCAACCAAUGACGCUGGAGAGUAUUCAUAUGCAAUUGCUUUUGUUAGUCGACGAGCGGAUGGAGCACCCUAUUCAGUAAAAUUCACUCUUAAAGAGCUUGGAUUGAAAAAUGGCAAGGGUUAUAGAGUCAAGGAUCUUUUCUCUGGAGCGAAAUCAUUCAGAAAGUAUCAUUCAUUGGAUACAUUUGAAACAAGAAUUAAUCCAACUGGAGUUAACUUCUAUAAAUUCAGUGCUGUUCGUUUCAUUUAAGUCAAACUUUAUCAGUAUUAGUUUUGAGAAAAUAAAAAUUACAACUUCUGUGAUUGUUGAUAAAAUGUAAAUAAUA